AGUCACGCGAGGUUGUACUGUCUUAAUGGCGCUCUUGGCUGGCUUCACCGUUUUCGUGUUAGCAGCAUCUGUUCCUGCCACCGGCCAGCAAGAUGGCUUCCUCAGCAUUGACUGCGGGCUGGAGGGAGACAAAAAUGGCUACACGGACAACAGCAAUGGCAUCGUUUACACCCCCGACGGCGCCCCGUACGUCGACACCGGGGUGACUAACAAUGUGUCCGCCCAGUAUGUGAACACAUGGGAUCGUGCUCUCAACACGCUCCGGAGCUUCCCGCUGACGUUAUUCGGCGAGCGGAACUGCUACGCGCUGCCCACCGUCCCCGGGGCCAUCUAUCUGGUGCGCCUGCGGUUCGCUUACGGCAACUACGAUAACAUGAACAGCGAGUCUGUUCAGUUCGAUCUGUUCCUCGGGGUGAACAAGUGGGACGAGGUGUACAUCGCGAAUAAGGAUAAGGAGUACAGCUCAGAGGCGAUGUUUGUGGCGUGGGCGAGCUGGGCGUCGGUGUGCCUUGUUAACACCUACCAAGGCACGCCGUUCGUGAACACGGUGGAGCUGAGGCAGCUCGACAGCAUGUUACAUUUCCGGAAAAUCAUGGGCAACAGUUCCAUCUACUUGUAUGAACGGCGCAACAUGGGACCUAGCAGUAGAGAUAAUCCAAUUAUAAGGUAUCCUAAUGAUACAUAUGACCGCUUUUGGUAUCCUUGGGGAUCGGAAGAUGACCCAACGUACUCCAACCUUUCCGCGCCAUCGACGCUGAUCAUUCCUCCUAGCCCCUCGUACGCAGUCCCGUCACCUGUUCUCGAGACGGCCGUCGUGCCAGCCGACAACAACAAAAGUGUUCUAUCCAUCAUACAAACGAACGACAAAGAGAUCCACGAGUACUUGGUGCUCGUGCAUUACGCUGAUUUCCAGAGUACGCUCCAGCGCCAGUUCCAAGCCUACAGCAAUGGCGAUCCUAUCCAAGGUACCGGUGGCCCCUACGUAGCAGACUACACCGGUCAGACCGUCGGCACCAUCGACUGGAUCAGUGCUGAAACCUCCGGCAAGUAUAACAUCACUCUUGCCGCAACUGACAGCUCCCAGCUGCCCCCGAUCGUGAAUGCCUUCGAGGUCUACGGUCGCAUUCCUCUCGAUAAUCCUUCUACGUUCCCCACAGACUUUGAUGCUAUCAUGACUAUCAAAUUUGAGUAUGGGAUAAAGAAGAAUUGGAUGAACGAUCCGUGUUUUCCAUCCAAUUUAGUUUGGAAUGGCGUGAGAUGCAGCACUGGAAGUGAUAAUACUAUGAGGAUAAUAUCUCUGGAUCUCUCGAACAGCAACCUGCAUGGAUCAAUAUCUAAUAACUUCACAUUGCUAACCGCUCUCGAGUAUUUAAAUUUGUCAGGAAACCAGCUGAGCGGGACAAUUCCAUCCUCCCUGUGUGAAAACAACGCAGGAUCAUUUGUUUUCAGAUAUGUAUCUGACGAAGAUAUGUGCAACACAGCAGGAACUCCAGUCCAGUCAAAAAAACGAUCAGCUAUUUUAGCCCUUGCAGUAGUGAUUCCAGUGCUGGUAGCGGCUAUCCUUAUUCUUGCAUAUUUGACCUGGAGAGCUAGAAGAAAGCCCAAUAAUUUUGUGCACCUAGAUUCCACAUAUGGUCCAGAAUUCUUGAAUGCUCCAGGAAGUACGAAAAAUCAUUGGGACCAUAUGCAAAAAACUGAAAAUCGCCGAUUUACAUACGAGGAGCUUGAGAAGUAUACUGAUAACUUUGAACGGCUCAUUGGGCAUGGAGGCUUUGGACAAGUUUACUAUGGUUGUCUAGAAGAAAAUAUUGAGGUUGCUGUCAAGAUGCGAUCAGAAUCAUCACAACAUGGGCUUGAUGAGUUUUUGGCUGAGGUUCAGAGUUUGACAAAGGUGCAUCACCGAAAUCUAGUGUCUUUGGUUGGCUACUGUUGGGAGAAUGAUCAUUUAGCACUUGUUUAUGAGUACAUGUCUGGAGGCAAUCUUUGUGAUCAUCUGAGAGGUAAAAUUAGUGUUGGUGAAUCCUUAAAUUGGGCAACACGUCUACGUAUUUUACUUGAAGCUGGACAAGGCCUGGAUUAUCUACACAAGGGUUGCAACCUGCCAAUUAUUCAUGGAGAUGUCAAGACCAAUAACAUUCUAUUGGGUCAAAAUCUAAAAGCAAAAAUAGCAGAUUUUGGGCUUUCUAAAACAUACCAUAGCGACACGCAGACUCACAUAUCAGCCACAGCAGCUGGAUCCGUGGGAUACAUCGAUCCAGAGUACUACAACACUGGAAGGCUCAUGGAGAGCAGUGAUGUUUACAGCUUUGGUGUUGUUUUACUAGAGGUAGUCACCGGUGAGCCUCCAAUAAUACCUGGACAUGGUCACAUUGUUCAGCGUGUGAAGCAGAAGAUUGUCACUGGUAACAUCAGCUCAAUUGCUGAUGCGCGUCUUGAUGCCUACAAUGUCAGCUCUAUGUGGAAGGUUGUUGACACUGCCAUGAUGUGCACAGCUGAUGUUGCUGCUCAAAGACCAGUGAUGGCCACUGUGGUUGCACAACUUAAGGAAGGCCUGGCAUUGGAGGAAGCUCAUGAGGAAAGGGUCGACCUCGAAAACAUAGCAAGUGAUAUCGUGUCUUCCGUGUCAACAUUUGGUCCAUCACCAAGAUGAAGAAAGUGUGUGCGCCUAGCUUUGGCAUGCGUCGAUUCUCUGCUACAAGUCUAAAAUGAUAUGACAAACACAAUAAUUUGCACAACAUGUAUUCAUAAACAAAGAUGGUUCAACAGAGCCAAAAUAGGAGCGCUUAAUUCCUUGCAAUAUAUAGUUUGCUUCAAUGUGUGGAACACAACAAUAAUAUGUUUAUGUGAAGAAACUGUUCUGGUACAAUGUUACAAUUGAUAUGUGGUAAGACCUUAAAAUAUA